AAAGGCCUCUGGGAAACAGAGUCUAAAUAAUUCAAGCUCCCAUUCCUCCUCUUCUUCCUCCUCUUCUCUUCUUCCACCGCUAACAAGAUGCCGGCCGUUCACCACAAACUGCUCCUGGAGGACGCCCUGCAGGACAGUCCUCAGACUCGCUCCUUGCUCAGUGUGUUUGAGGAAGAUGCUGGGAUGCUUACAGACUACACCAACCAGCUGCUACAAUCGAUGCAGCGUGUGUUCGGAGCCCAGAGUGAGAUGGGAUUGGCCACAGAGCAGCUCUCAAAGCAACUUCUGGAUUAUGAGAAGAAAAAUUUUGCCCUUGGAAAAGGUGAUGAAGAGGUAAUCACUACGCUGCAGAACUUUGCCAAAACUGUAGUGGAGCUGAACUCGCUCCACUCUGAGCUCGCCAACCAGAUGGCCGACAGCAUGGUUUUCCCCUUGAUCCAGUUCCGAGAGAAAGACCUUACAGAGAUAAGCACACUGAAGGAAAUAUUUGGCAUCGCCACUGAUGAGCAUGAAGCAGCGAUGGUCAAAUACAGCCGAUUGCCCAAGAAGAAGGAGAAUGAGAAGCUGAAGUCAGACUUGGUGAAGGAGGUGGCCUACACCAGAAGGAAGCAGCACCAGGCCUCACUGCAGUAUUACUGCGCCCUGAACGCCCUGCAAUAUCGCAAGAGGGUGGCUAUGCUCGAACCUAUGCUAGGCUACACACAGGCACAGAUCUUCUUCUUCAAGAAAGGCAUUGAGCUGGUGUCAAAGAAGAUGGACAACUUUCUCUCCUCCGUGUCCAACAUGACUCAAAGUAUCCAGGCCCAGCUGGACACGGAGGCGGAGGCCAUGCGUGCGGCCCAGAGGGAGCUUCUGUCUGUGGAGGACACUGUCUAUAUGCCAGAUAAGGACAUUGAGCCUGUCAAUCGCACGCUUAUCCAGAAGGCUGGCUACCUCAACAUUAGGAAUAAAACAGGCCUAGUGACCACAGCCUGGGACCGACUGUACUUCUUCACCCAGGGAGGGAACCUCAUGUGCCAGCCGCGCGGGGCGGUGGCGGGCGGCAUGGUGCUCGACCUGGACAACAGCUCCGUCAUGGCCGUGGAGUGUGAGGACAGACGCUACUGUUUUCAGAUAACCUCCCCCUCAGGCAAAACGUCAAUGAUUCUACAAGCUGAGAGCAAAAGAGAAUAUGAAGAAUGGAUUUGUACUGUGAACAACAUCUCCAGACAGAUCUACCUGACUGACAACCCAGAGGCUGUGGCCAUCCGACUGAACCAGACCGCCAUCCAGGCAGUCACCCCCAUCACCAGCUUUGAGAAGAGACCAGAGGGCUCCCCCAACCCGGACAGAGCGAAGCCAGGAGGAGUACAUGUUACCAGUGGUGGUUCCCAGAAGACGGGGGCUGCUCCGGAACCAGAAGACCUGAUAGCCCCUGGGACACCCAUUCAGUUUGACAUCAUGCUGCCGGCCUCUGAGUUUCAGGAUCAGAACAGGGCCGGAGGGAGACGCACAAAUCCAUUUGGAGAAACGGAUGAUGACUGUUCAACAGAAAGUGACGACUCCCUCCUGCAGCAAGUAUUCGCCGUGCGCUUCCAGGGCUCAAUGGCGGUGCGCUGUGGCAACAAUCAGGAGGUGAUCUAUGAGGCCAUGAGGCAGGUGCUGGCUGCCCGAGCCAUCCACAACAUCUUCAGGACCACCGAGUCCCACCUCAUGGUCACCAGCAGUAGCCUCAGGUUGAUUGACCCUCAGACUCAAGUUACAAGAAUAAGCUUUCAGCUCGGAGAAGUGUGUCAGUUUGCAGCCCACCAAGAGAACGGCAGGCUGAUGGGGUUCGUGGUUGAGGGCAGAGACUGGAGUGACGGAGAUGAGGAGGGAGAUCCCACGUUUAGCGCCUUCGUCUUUGAGAGCAACACCGAGGGAGAAAAGAUAUGUUACACUAUAAGCCUGGCGAAGGACAUUACAGAAGCCAAGAAGGACCCAGAGGCCCUGGCCCAGCUGAUGAAGAACAUGCCUCUAACUAAUGACGGCAAAUUCCUGCUGCUGGAGCCGGAGACGGGCGACACGACCAGCGGAGCAGAAGAAGACCUGGAGUCUGAAGCCUAGUUCCAGUCAGGACCAAAAAAACAAAUACAACCAAGACCAGGAGAGAGGGGCUUUCCCUGGAUGAAGGUGACAUCAUGAGUCAUGACUCUCUAGCCCUAACUCUGGUACUGUAACACCCAUAUUAGAGUUCACUUCCACUCACCCUGUGUUACUAGAUCUCCAGUAUUUUUGCUGUUAUGAAAGCACAUCUCAUGGGGGCUCCAUUAGAUCUGCUUUUCUAUGGUCAGACUGUAGCAUGGGUCUUUGGAUUUGGAGUCGUUUUUACACCACUGUGGGUGGUACUUACAUCAAAAAGGGAAACUAUAUAGAUAUUGAUUGUGUUUCAUUGUCAUCUAAUAUUCCCCGCCAUCUAGCAGAAGGUGGUGAAUCAUUUGCUGCAUUUUAGGUUUACAUUCUUUUUUAGGUUUACAUAGUUGUGAGAGUUUAUUCCUUUGUUUUAACUUGUACGUACGUAAGGCUCUUAUGCAACUACUUUGGCGUUUAUUUCUUGUUUAUUUGUGUACUAAAAUGAUUGCACUUCCGAGGUGAAUAUCCGUUUGAUAAGAAUGCACUACUUGAGGCAUAUGAAGGAUCUUAGACUUAAGACAUUGAAGGACUUUAAAUAGGUUAAAAUGAUGUACGUUCCUUUUAUCUGCAGAGCAGCGACUGUUGCAUUGCGUCUUAUUAUUGUUACUCUGUGAGAGCAUGUGUGUCCUGAAGUGGUGAACACAACUGGCACAAGUGAUUCUUCAUCUUAAAGGUGCUCUAUACGAUAUCCAGAACAUUAAUAUAGCAUCAAACAGCUAUUUGCUGUGUAAAGAUAAAGAUAAAUAAUGCCUACCUGAGCAGAGAAUUAAGUUGUGCUCCCGCGGUGUGUGUUGUAAACAGAGUUUCUCUGUGCUUUGUUGACAUAGCCGGGUCGGCCACGCGUGCUUUUAAUUCGUUUGUGCGUGUGAGCGUGCCCCACUGGCUCGCUCACGGCCGCCGCUCUGCACUAAUCUCAUAUGGCGAUUACAGCUGAUAAUACCGUCCUGACCAACAGCGCCGUCGCGGAAGCGUACCACCCAUGAGGAGACAAUAGAAAUGCUCCCAAUCUCGUAUUUAGCACUUUUAAAUAACGGAAACAAUGUCAUGUUUUACGUUAGCCACCACCACCUGUACAAAACGAGUCUUAAGAUGAUCUGUAUGGAAGGUCCUUCUUGAGCAGCCCAAAUAUUCCUUAGUAAUAAUUUGUACGCCGCACCACGUUUCUUGAAAGCCUGUGUAAAUAUGAACCGUCCGAGUGUCUAUAUGAUGUUUAAUCAGAGUUAGCUGCAUUAAAAGCUUUCAGAGUCAAUAUGCUCGGACUGAUGCGGUGCAUGAUUAAAUAACGGGAUUCUCUCUGUCCCUUCGCAGAAGAUUAAAAACUCUACACUGAGCGCCAAGCUAUAAUACUAUAAUAAUAAAAUAUGACUAGAAUGUUAAAGUAACGCAUGCAGGCAGAUCACGGUCGGGUAUUAUGAACUCGUUGAAAAGCAACUCGCUCUUUGCUUAUACAUUAUGAAUACUAAACACAACAGAAAAACUGUAUUGGAAGCGAUUGAUCCGUGAAAUUCUGCCUUCCCUCUCGAUGCCAGAGCAGUUUUAUUCCAUUUCAGCCAGUUUGAGCUGCAACACUAAUCUCAAUGGACAGUGGAAGCCCGUGGUGCACUACUGUGCGCGACUAUGACUUGUUUCUGUACUGUGUAAUACAGACGAGGUCAAAAACCACUGACUUGGCGUUGAUCGUGAAAGUUCCAUUGCGUUGACCCGUGCGUUCGUUUGCUUGUCUGCUUGCUUUUUCUACUCCACAACAUCAGAGCUCUCGCUAGGAUCACAUGUUAAACGAGGAUUAACUGUGGAGAUUUCAAUGAAUGGUGAAAUGAUUAUGUUUGAUUGCUCGUGACACCGCUCGUCGUGAUCAAAGGGAUCGUUUGACAUUUUGGGAAAUUGCUCUCGUUCUCAUUCUCACAUCUGAUAGCUAGUUAGCUUAGCAUAGAGAGUGGAAACAAUUAGCCUGGCUCUGUCAAAUGGUAAGAAAACCCACCUCUAAAUAUCACUAAUUAACACUUUUUAUUACACAGAUUCUGAUUGGUCCAUCACGGCGUUCUACGGUCUGUUAUUUCUACUACGGUCUGGCGGGCCGGUUUUGUGUCAAAUUAUUGAUUACUUAAUUAAGUAGCCGUGUAUUAGUAAGCAGGAUAAUGUAGAGCUAGAGGGACGUUGUUGUGAAAUAAACACCUUCAGAGCGAUGCACACGUCGCCGUGUUGGACAUUUAUCCGUUCAAAAACAACAAUUUAACAUUUGACAGAUGUUUGUGGCGGACUAUUUCUUAAUUGGUUUGCCUCCGAACAAUGAGAGCCACUCAGCAGGCAGAGAGAGACGGUGGGGGAAACAACAUGCAGAGAGAGACGGUGGGGGAAACGACAUGCAGAGAGAGACAGUGGGGGAAACAACAUGCAGAGAGAGACGGUGGGGGAAACGACAUGCAGAGAGAGACAGUGGGGGAAACAACAUGCAGAGAGAGACAGUGGGGGAAACAACAUGCAGAGAGAGACAGUGGGGGAAACAACAUGCAGAGAGAGACAGUGGGGGAAACAACAUGCAGAGAGAGACAGUGGGGGAAACAACAUGCAGAGCCGGGAUGUUUUCACAUUGUAAACUACAGCGGCUGGAGAUGCGCGCAUGCACAAAUUAAUCGGCAAUCUGUGUUUUGUUUUGGGCUGAUGGUGAAAAUGUUAACAUCCCAAACCUAUUGGCUGUAACUACUAACUUCCUUGAGUCCAUCAUGUAACCCCUGUAAACAUCUGUUUUUACAAACAACAUAUUAACUAGUAAGCUUUAGGACAGGCUGAUUUUGUUACUACUUGACAGAGCCAUGCUAGCUGUACUUUGUGCUAAGCUGACCGACUGCCAGCUGUGGCCUUAUAUUGAACAGACAGAUAAAGAUAACCAUCUUUUCCUCUAACUCUCCACCAGAAAGCAAAUAAGCGUAUUUCCCUAAAUAUCUAACUUUUGCUUUAACGGUUAACCUCUCUCUGUUGCCUGAUGUAAAUGCGUAUUGAGAGGUCUUCGGAUGCUAUAAAGAACAUUUUGGGUGCAAGUCGAUGCUUCAAUCACACCAUUAAUAAAACUACAGCGAUGAAUACAAACGUGCUUCAGUCAGUCAACAAGAGUCUGAGAUAGUUUCCUGUUUGAUGGAUCUACAUACGAGCUGAUGUUGUUCCUCUGAUUUAAUGGCUCAGUUGGUGAGAAGAGUUUCCAACGUCACCGUCCAGUCCAGAAACUAAAUCCUCUCAUUGUGUCCUGCUGCAGCUCGUUACACUUCUUACAGCGGCGCUGCAUAGUCUUGAUAUAUUUUUGCUUUGCAAGUUAAUGCACUGUCAGGAAAAAUCUGGGUACUCGUGGUGGAGAAAAUAAAUUUCAGUAAUAUAGCAAGGACUGCAUUUUCUCUCCUCUCCCUCUGUCUGUUUUGUAAAUGGCUGAAGUUGACGGAUUCCACCACCCAUAAUGCUUUACACUUCAUUUGUUUUCUAAACCCUGUGCUAACAUGCAAUCUUCAAUAAAUGGAAGUAUUUUUUUCUUA